CAGGCUACCAAGAAGCAACCACUAUUUGUGCUUUCCGCAAUGAAUAUGGAGAUGGUCAUCGACUCUCCAAUUGCUGGAACCGUCAAGGCUAUCCAUGCACCACAAGGAACCAAAUGUAGUGCCGGAGACUUUGUAGUUGAAGUUGAACCAUG